UUUUUUUUUUCAUCAGCAAAGGAAAACAAAUUAUUGGAUCAUUUUUAUAGAAUUAACUCAAACCAAAAUAUGGAUUUGUUCGUACUAAUAGCACUGCUGUGCCUGAUCAACACAAUCCUUCCAGACAUCAUUCGCAACUGGGUUAAAAUAUCCCGUUUUUGGAAAGGACCCAAGGUAAAGCCAGAGGAUCUAGCAGCGCUGCAAGCAGCCCGCGAAGAGCUUACUCAAGUACAAAAUGCAGAGCAUUCCGGGGAAUAUGCAAGGAAAAUCAAGACCAUGCGUGCCGAGCGCAAAGUCGCCGAUGCUGAGAGCAAAAUUUUGAGGGCCAGUCAAAUGCAGAAGCUUAAGCAGUCAACUAUUGAUACGGUGGCCUACUAUGUGACGAAGGUCGUCUUCUCGCUGGUCGUCAUCAUUGUGUGUGCCCGCCAUCGGUACUCGGCUGUGAUGAUUUUCGACGAGAGUUUUAGUCUACAGCCGCUGAGCGGACUGCUCAGUUUUCCCACUGGCAUUUACAAUGCUAUUUCGGUGCCUACCUGGGCACUCUCAUGUAAUUUCACGUUUCGACUUCUGUACGAUCUGGUCAAAAACUAAGGUGUCACAAAUUGAAUUGUAAUUUU